CCACCGUUCAUUGACUUCCUUUCCCAUUUCCUCCUCUGUACUUUUUUUUUUUCAGCUACCUCUUUUUUCCCCAUCUUUGAACUCCAAAAAUUAUAAUUUACGUUCGAAUUGGCUGACUCGAAUCUACAAUCUAUCGACUAAAAAAAAAUCUCAACAAUGACAGAUAAAAAUUAUUUUUCAGAAAUACCCCCUGGAUUUACCAAAUGUGUGCCUAGAAACAUUGAAACUCCAACAAUUUAUUCUCGUCAGAGUGAGAAAUUUAUCGAUGAUUUCGAAAGAGGUAGACAACAACUCCCUCAGAUACCAGUUUCAGCAGAAGCUUCAUCAAUGGCAAUGCCAACAAUGCCAUUGGGAUCGAGUAUAAAUACUCUAAUAAUCAAAGAUGAAAAGAUAAAUCUGAAUCCGUUGACAUUACUGAGUCCACCACCAAAUCAACGUGUUCGGAUUAAUGAUUUUUCAUCUCCUCACAUCAACGAGGAAUCGAAGACUAUAAUCUCUCAGGUCAAAUCAGUUUUGGUGUUCCAGCUCACCUCUGGAAGCACGAAAAACAUUGAAGCAAUGAUUAAGUUCGCGAACAAUGCAUUCUUCAACUUGGAUUCAUCUUUCUACAACAAUGUUAGAGAUUUCAUCGCGUGUCAUUAUGAUUUGCUCAUCGCUAAGAGACAGAGAGAAAUGCAGUCAUUUCCUAUAGAGCUGAAGACUAGAUAUGAAAACGCGAUAACUUGUGCAAAUGAUCUUAAAGAUGAGAUCUUUCAAACACAAGGACAUAUCGCGAUGGUUAUGAAAAAGAAGGAGAGUUUAGAAAGACAGAUAGCAGACGCGAUGGAACUGAUUGGUAAGUUGAAAGAAUGCGUGGCUGUUCUAAAACAGGAGGAAGGGGCAUUGAAAUACGAGGAACAAAAAUGUGUUGCAGCGUAUGAGAUUGCAAAUCAUGAAGUGCAAAAAGUUUGUAAUCAAGCCGAGGCAGCUAAGAAUGUACUGAGGGAAAUUGAUCAGCGCGAAAAUGCAGCUCUCAAUGGCACUGAGUUAGCCUUUCGACGUCUAAAAGCAAUACAAUCUUAGCUUAAGUUUCAGAUACAAUGUACAUUUUCUAACUGUUUCGCGAAUUUUAUGGUGUUUUUAUUGUAAAUAGGAUUGUAGCUUCAGUUAGUUGUAUGUGUUUUAGUCGUUACGUUUUGAUGUGAUGGUGUGAAAAUAGAACUGACUUCGCUUCUACUCGUAACAAUAAGUAGCAAACUACAGGGGAUUUUAUGUAGUUUCUUUUGAAGUUAGGUGCUUUGAGUGAUAGGGAAUUAAAUGAAUGCAAAGUUGUUGAUAAUUUGUGUUGAAAA